AUGCCUUGGGACUUGAUCACCCUGAACGAUGGUAACAGCAUUCCCGGCAUUGGGUUUGGGACGUGGAAGAUUCCAAUAGGCGCCACGACGGCCGACCAGGUCGACCAGGCGAUCUCUGUUGGGUUCAGCCAUAUCGAUACCGCCCAAGCCUACAGGAACGAAGCUGACGCGGGGAAGGCGAUCCACGAGAGCGGGCUCGCGCGCAAGGACAUCUUCAUCACCACCAAGUACAGCGGCCUCGACGGGCUGGACAUCGAGACGUCUAUCAAGAACAGUCUCAGCAACUUGGGAGUGCAGUACAUCGACUUGUAUCUUAUCCACCACCCCCGGCUCGCUGUUCCCGACAUACCGACCGCAUGGGCUGAACUGGAGGGGCUGAAGAACGCAGGGCUUGUGAAGAGCAUUGGGAUCAGUAACUUCGGGAUAAAGGAAACGCAGAUCCUCCUUGCGUCUGCGAAGAUCAAGCCUGCAGUCAACCAGAUCCUCCUGCACCCCUACGUCUACGCCCAACAAGCACCCCUCCUCGAGUUCAGCCGCGUCAACGGCAUUGUCAUCGAGGCCUACAGUGCCCUCACGCCCUUGACAAGCCGCCGAGGCGGCCCAGUCGACGAUCCUGUCAAGUCUGUAGCGAAGCGCCUCAAAGCGACUGAAGAUCAAGUCCUCCUCGCUUGGACCAAAGCCAAGGGCGCCGUCAUCCUCACAACGAGCUCGAAGAAGUCGAGGCUUGAAGGGUACCUUGCUGCGGGCGACCUUGUCCUCAAAGACGAAGAGAUCCUGGCAAUCGACAAGGCAGGUGCGAAAGGUGCCCAAAUCGUCACUGCACAGAAGGUUGUUCGACGAGCUGCAAUCGUCCUGUUCGCUGGCGCUGUUGGGCUGGGCCUCUGCUCCUACUUGGGUAUCGACGUCUUGUGA